AUGACUUUAAAAAAACUCUCAAGAAAUUUAAUGAAAUUUCCAUUUACUUAAAUUAAUUAUUUUUAGGAAGAAUAUAGAAAUGAGUAAUUUUUGUACUAGAUAAUAAAUGCCAAUAAAUAAUCAUUCAUCUCAUAUAUUAAUUUUGACUUGCAAAAUUUAAAAUUAGAGCAUUAUCUAAGUAUACACAAUAAUAAUAUAUCUGAAAUUUAAUUAUCUACUUUAAGAUUAGGAAACUUGACAGAUUUUGACAUCUAUAAUAAUACAGUCUUAAAUUAGGAAAUUUAUAAUUUUAAGUGAUAUUUAAUAUACAGCCAGCCUUUGGAAAUAAUUUCUGAUGAUUUUAUAAUUGUAUUAGGAGGAGCAGGAUAUGUAAGAAAAUUAUUAUAAUUAUAGACUGAAAAAAACUAAAUUUAAAUAAUUUUAAAAGAAGGUUGUGGAAAAUGUUGUUGA